GGGCUUCUGAGCCUGAGACCGAGCCUGCAUCCCAUCGGUUCGUCGUAUCUUUUUCCCUUUCUUUUUUUUUAGCUCAUCUUUUUUCUUUCUCAGUCCCUGCUGCUUACACGCUCGGGAGAAGAGAGCUAAGGAAAGUACUGUGCAUACAGCAUGCAUUAUCUGAAAGAAAAUCUGAGGGAGGGGAACAUAGGAGCGAAGAUCGCGGACUUAACGAGGCCAGAGUCCCGAGUACUCCUCGGCUGCGCACUUUCUUAUCCUACGCACUCUCUCUAUUCCUCCUGCUCCUCCUCACUUUACUAGCCUUUUACACUACCCUCCCUCUCUUUGUCCGAAUCCAACGCGCCUCUCAUUCUUACAUCUCUCUCUCUCUCUCUCUCUAGUUAAACUUAUUUCUCUCAUGUUUACACUUACAGUUCUGUGCUCUCUCUCUCUAAGCACAUUCUUUCCCGGAUUUAAAGUUUCAGAGCUCUGUCCUUCAACACCCUUCUUAACUCUUCGUAUCUUUCUUUUUCUCUUUCUGGCUCUAUAUCUCAUUCUUUCUCUUUCAUUUCAAUCUACUGGCGCUUCCCCUUACCUGACUUGGAGAGUCUGAAUUCCAGUGAUCUUUCUCUGCUUUUCACUAGAAAAUCCAGAAGCUGCUGCUUUAUUAGGGUUUCUAUUAACUUGGGUUCUUCAAUUGGAAAAAUUGAGAAAGGAAACUUUGAAGCAUGGCUGGCAAUGGCAAUGGCAAUGGCAAUGGUGGAGCUUCGCUAAGUGCUGCUGCAACUGCGAUCGGCUCGGCAGAGACUCGGUUUCAGCGGGAAGAACGGAGGAGAUGUGGGAGUUGUUGGGGCAGGCUAUCGUGCUUUGGAUCACAGAAGGGCGGAAAACGAAUUGUACCUGCAUCUCGUAUUCCAGAUGGGAACACAUCCAGUAAUCGGACAAAUGGACCUCAACCUGUUGGAGUGACUAACCAAACGACAACAAUAACUCCCUCACUUCUAGCCCCACCAUCUUCACCAGCAUCUUUUACAAAUUCUGCACUCCCUUCAACUGCCCAGUCACCCAAUUGUUUCUUGUCACUGUCCGCCAAUUCCCCUGGAGGUCCUUCUUCAACCAUGUUCGCAACAGGACCAUAUGCCCAUGAAACCCAACUUGUCUCUCCUCCUGUUUUUUCAACAUUUACAACUGAGCCGUCUACUGCUCCUCUCACUCCUCCACCAGAGUUGGCACACCUUACAACUCCUUCCUCCCCAGAUGUGCCUUUUGCUCAGUUUCUUUCAUCUUCAGUGGAUCUUAAAAGUGCUGGAAAAUCAAGUUAUUCUGCUUCAAGCGAUCUCCAAGCAACAUAUCCACUUUAUCCUGGAAGUCCUGCAAGCAGUCUCAUUUCACCUAUUUCAGGGACAUCUGGCGAUGGUUUAUCUUCUUCUUUUGCAGAUCAGGAGUUUCCUACUCAAUGGGGUGCUCCAUUUUCUGUUCAAGACUCUCAAUAUCCUCAGAGUGGCUCAUCUAGGUUAUUUGGCCUCGGAGCGGCUCCCUCCAAAAAUUUCAUGUUAUCUCAGGAUUCGAGUUUCUUCUGUCCUGCUACCUCGGCACAAUUUUAUUUGGAUCAGGCUCAACAAUCUAUUCCUUCAUACCCUCAUUGUGGAGGUAGGUUGAGUCUUUCCAGGGAAGCAGAUGUCUAUUCUAGUACUGGGAACCAUCAGAACAGGCAUGCUAAAAAUUGCAAGUCAGAUACAGAGGAAAUUGAAGCAUACAGAGCAUCCUUUGGAUUCAGUGCGGAUGAAAUCAUCACCACACCCCAGUAUGUAGAAAUUUCUGAUAUAAUGGAUGACUCCUUCACAAUUGCACCCUUUGCUUCUCAUAAAUCUUACAUGGAAGAAAGCAUGGCACCUGAGUUGACAAAUGGAGUAGAAAAAAUGCAGUCAAAAUGCACAAAUGCUCUGGAUCGGAGUAUCUCAAAAUGGACACAAGAAGAGGUUAAUGGUGGAGUGGAUGGCCAAGUAUUGGACAAUUCAUCUGGACAUCAAGAUGAUAAACAAAAGCAACUUCAAUCUGUUGAUAUUUCUGGGCAAAGUAAACCUGUUAAUCAUGCUUACACCGAUGAAGACAUAUUUUCGAAGAUGGAGGAUUCUAAAAUCAGUAGAAGAUAUCGGCUGGGAUUGUCAAGCUCUGAUGCAGAAAUUGAUUAUGGAAGGGGAAGAAGUUUUAGAAUACGCCAAGGAGAUUUCAAUUGGUGACUAGUCAUCUUUUGAUGCUAAAUGUUUUGGGGUUCCUUACGAUGGGUGGAAGAAUCUAACCUGAUUACUUCCUUUCCUGGUCUAGAUGUGUAUUUUGGUUAGUUACAUUUAUGUUUCCUGCUGCUCUGUUAAUAUAUGAUGAAUGUUUCUAAUUUCUUAUAAGUUUGUGUGGAAAAGUGAAUGGAGAAUGAAAUUUGGAUUCUGUUAUAUAUAUCAGGCUUCAUUA